AAUAAAUCGGUAUAGUGCGGCGGAGAAAUACCAAUGUCACUAGUUGUGGUUAUUCUCCGCCAUCAUGGUUCUACUUUCGUGGUCUGAAAUCGCAUAAAAGACCGCAAUACUGCACCUUGUAGUGCCUAGCUAGGUCACAUAGAUUUGAACUUUAAGAGAAUAAUCACAUCACCGAGUAAGUAUAGAACACAUCAUUAUCAGAAUUUAACACCACUAUGGUUGUGGCCCCAGCGAGCUCGAGCCCGCUGCAGUCUGGGAGUCCCGGCGACCUCGCAGCGGCGCUAAAGGAACAGCGGAAAGUCGCGUACGAUGGCCUUUCCGCGCCCCUGGAAAAACUUUCCGUGAAGCAGAUCGCGGAAUUUCGGGAGCAGCCCGUGGUAUCCAAAGCCGUGGAACAGGGGAGCUAUCCAAAUGAAAAAUGCCCCCAAACCAUACUCAAAUUGGAAAUUUGUGCUGCUGACUUGUGACCACAAAUCAUGCUGUCAUGCUAGAGAAGAAAAGAUGCAGACUGUAGUGCUUGCUGGCGUGGGAACAAAGCCUUGCAUCUUCAGCAUGACAGGGGGCAACUGGAAGUGGGAAACAGCAUGACAAAUUGCCUGCAAACACGGCCGCAAAUGCGUCUCUUGCCUUUCUAGCAAUACAAGCCGGACUUGUGUACGAAAAGGCAGCAUCACAAAUUUCCCACUCUAUAUGAGGAGGGGGAUUUUUCCUCACAACAAAAGCGAAGCGGCGCUCAGCUUGGUAACGGAAGUGGAUAACACCCUGGCGGUGGAUGUCUCCGGCCGGGACUGGGAUUCUGUACUAUUAACUCGACUGCAAAUGAGAGUAGAUUUUUGGGCAUAAUCAUGAUCAGCGUUGAACUUGAAGAUCAUGGCAACAACAUGAACAUCGUCAACUGUUUCGCUCGGUGCAGUAAAAGUGUGCAGUUUGAAUGUUGUCCGUAUCUUGGACCAGAUAUGACAUGUUGCAGCCCCACGAAGAUAAGUAUUCUUUGUCCCGGGUAUUAAAAAUUCAUUGCAAUUCAUUACUUCCAGGCCCGACGGGUGAUGGGGAAGCCGGGGCACUACAUCAACGCCAUGCUAUCAAUAUGAAAAAUCCCCCCUCCCCAUAUCAAAAGGAAAUUUCUGAUGCUGGACUUGCGUACACAAAUGAGGUCUGUCUUGCUGUGAGGAAGCGCGGCCAGAUUGUUAGGCUGUUUAGGUGCGCAAGGGUCUAGCUGUUUCGCAUUGGAAACGCCUGCCCUGUUGGCCAACUAGCAUGACAAAUCGCAUCCAUGAUGCGGCGCAUCCCUCAGCGCUUGCCUUCUUGCAAGACAAAAAUGAUUUGUGGCCACAAAUCUGCAUCGCAAAUUUUUCGACGGAUGCCUUUUCAAUAUGGGGAGGGGGGGUUUUUCCUCACAAUACAUGCGGAGGUUUCCUUACGCCGUAGACAGCGGACGAAUCCCCGACGCGGCAAUCUCAAGGGUCAGAAACUACGUGGAGUCAGGUAAUUAUACGAGUAUGCAAUCACUUUCAUCGUGAUCAUCCGGAGGGCAUGUUGAACAGAGCAAAUUUCAGUUCCAGACGAGAUUAGCAUGAUUAAUGGAUGAAUUCCGGAAGAUUAGUGAUGUGAACAAAGAGCAGCUGUUGAUCAGGUUCAUCCCCCGAGCCACAGGCACACCCGGUGGCCCACCAGAUGCACGAAUGGCUCCACUCUGCGUACAGCUACUUCCAACUGCGACGAAAGCCGCAGGUCGGUGGACCACAGCCAGGCCCGCCAGGCUCCGCGGUGUCCUCAUCAUCUUCCGCAAGGACUAUGAAAGGAGAAAACUUCUUCGUCUUCAUCACAGGGGCACUGUGCCUUCUUGAUUUGUCAUGAUUUAUUUUCAAAAAAAAUAUUGAGGUUCUGGUUCCUAUCAUAGAACUGUGCACAGACCUGCACUGAAAUGAUUUCCGUCGACUACGUUUAUUCAAUGUGCACAUAGGCAUAAGUGCGGCACAAACGGUUCGACUUUUGCACGGGCCACAUCCAACCUGAUUGUUUCCAUUCCAUACGAAGAGUGAUCGAGCGGCCUGGCGCGACUGUGUCUGCUGGUACUUCUGAAUUCCAGUUUUUUUGGAGCUGCAGAAUAAACUUGUAUGUAUGCCACUCGCGCUCGCAAGAACGAGAGGAAGAACGUCAGGACUUCUUUUGGUAGAUAUCCGAGGAAUCUCUUAUUUCUCAAGGACUUCGGCAUGAAUGAUUAAAAUGCAGAAAAUCUUCUUUCCUAUACUUACAGGACCGACGAUGCGUUCGUCCUACGCUCCCUCCAGUGGCUCGGAUUGGCGAGCGAACAACCAUCGGGCUGUCACCGCGUCCGCAAAUAAAUCAGCGGUUUCUACUGCUUCCUCGUCCUCGCGCCCCCGGCCGAACACCGCCGCCCAGAACAAGUCUCCGCAGCUGUUGAAGAACACACGUCCUCUCACUGCCCAACCCCGCCCGAAACCCGCCGCGCGCGAGGCCGGUCAGAGCUUUGGAAGGUAUAAGUGAUAAUUUUCCUUUUUCGUUUUUUUUUCCUGUGCGGAACACCGUUCUACUCCUUUUCGGUGAACAGGAAUGCUGUUGCAUGAGGAAUAGAAGCUAGUAGGAUACGCAGUGAACUGUACAUACUUUGCCGAAAAAAAUCAGCGCGACGAAGUCAGACUUCAGCACGAUGUCGACGGAGGCGCGGCGCAUCGCGCUCGGCGGUUUACCUGACUAUGAAAUCGAAUUGGAGCAAAUGCGGCGCGAGGUGCGAGAGCUGAAGAGCCAGGAAUCCAAGGUGCUGUCUGUAGGCUAACACAUGAUUUAUUGCGAGAUGUGGGACUAAAACUAAUGUAACUUCGAGUACCUCCAACAUUAAAUAUGCAUCGACUCAUUUCCCUCGACGGCGGUAUUAAGUACUGCUGAUGCGAGAUCCGCUUCAGACAAGGAGAAUGUGACAAGGACAAUCCCAAAAAGGAAACACAACAUCCAUUUGAUUUCCCUCUCAGGCCCGGUGGGACUUGAAGCGACAGGAGAAAAAAACGGUCCAGCAGCAUAUAACCCACUUAGGUGUUACAAUCUCAAACGUUGCCAUAGAGUCUGCAAUUUGUCUUGCAAAAUGCGCAACAUCUGGCCUACUCCCACAGGAGCGCGCAUGACAAGUUUCGGAGCACCAAACCCCAUGAGAAUCUGACGAAAUUUGUAUUGCGAAAAGCCCAAGGCUCUGUAUGGUACUCAUGCUGUUCAUGCAAGACAAAAUCCAGAUUCUAUUGGAACUACGUUUGAGAUUGUAACAUCUGAGCAAGCCAUACAGCACAAGCAAGAAGAGCUGGAGGAACUGCGGCAGUGGCGUUCCGAAAACGAACGUAUGCACCGCAAAUAGUAUGGAUCUGGGACUGGAAAUGGAAUUUAUAGUAAAUUUUUGAUCAUGGUGAUAAGUAGUACAUCAGGGACAAAGUCGUGUAGUCGACUGCUGCACUAUACAUCGGGAGUCGUGCAUGAUAAGUCAUUUUUUGUGAGAAGUCGCGCUUUUGCAUGACGAGGAAAAAGGAGCGCUUCAAUGAAAAAUUCCUGAGCUUGCAACUAACAGAGGUUAUAUAUGGGAUGAUGACGCAGGAGAUUACGAUGAGCACUUCACGUGUUGCAAAAAUUAUGUUCCAGAACAGUCCAGACACCGAUUUGCCUUCUGUGGAUAGAGCGCGCGUUGAAGCAACUGAUGGACCAGAAGCGGGAGGACGCGAGGAAACGGGACCUGCUGGAAUCCCGGGAUUAUCAGGCGUUCAAGAAGGAGCGUCGCCGGCAGGAGCGGGAGGCCGACAAGAAGGCGAUAGAAGAUAGCUAUCUGUACAACCGGGACCACGCGAACUACCGGCAGGAGCUCAAGGAGCGCGAAAAACUGGACGCGGAGGAUAUAACCUGUUCAGGUGUUACAAUCUCAAACGUCACAGUAGAGUUUGGAAUUUGCCUUGCAUGAAGAGCAUGAGGAGCGUACCCAGUAUUGCGCUUUUCGCAUUACAGGUUUCGCGAGAUUCUAGUGCGGGUUGGCACUCCAGAACUUGUCAUGCGCAAUCCUGUGCGAUUUGGCUAGAUCAUGCACUUCUUCCAUCACAAAAUCCAGACUCUAUUGUAACAGUUGAGAUAUUGUAACGUCUGAGCGGGUCAUAAAGGAGCGCGCGCGGGUCAACGCGGAACGGGUGGCACUAGAUCGGCAAUUGAAGAAAGAGAAGGUAGGUUUGAAAAUUUCGUGUUUUUCUAUUCGAUCAGUGCGAGGAGUUGUACACAGACAUCGAAAUGUUUGAUGUUUUAAAUCCGCAGAAUUUAUUUAUGCAGCAAAGUGAUUAUUUGUAAAAAAGGUCUUCAAUUUUUUCUAUCUUUUUUCUUCCUACCCACGACAUCGAAUCGAUCAGCUCGCGCGCGAGAAAACGGAGCAGGAGGAGUCACGCAAUAUGGAUUGCAAAUAUGUCUGGGUCAGGAAGAAGACAAACUUGUGAUGCGCAUUUCAGAACACAGAAAAAUCUCUCAUGCAUAGGUAGCAAAAGCUGCCCGCUUUCUGUCACCAAAAUGGGGCGACAUCUGUCAUGCACGACAUUCGGCAUCGCGGAAGCGUCUCGAAACCUGUGAUGCUAGAGCUUCCAUGCCGGACCUUCUGUGUCAUGCAAAAACAGCAUUACUCUUCGAGACCCCGACAUUUUUACAUUUGACACGCAACCUAGACCGGCGGUUGGAGAUCGAAAAGAUGAAAAAGGACUUGUUGCGGCAGAAACAGUAUCAAAUGCAAAUAUCCCUGGAUGUCUGGACGAUUGCAACUUGUCAUGCUGUUUUUGGACUCUAAGAAAAUUUGUAUUGCGUGACCAGCAAGAGGGGCACACGCACAGUUUGUGCUACACGGACAGGGCAUUUCUCAUGCAAAAGGUGCAUCAGGAAGACCUCUAAAAGUCUGCGAUGCUAGGUCAAGCAUCACAGGCAUCAUGGGCCAUGAGAAAUAUGCAUGACAAAUCUUGCAUUCUUCCAGACCCAGACACUUUUGCAAUCCAUAAACAGGAGUUGCUGGACCAAGUCUCGUUUGCGCAGAAGAAAAUGGCGGAUACGGUACGCGGCAGCCAGUGGCUGUGAGGAGACACGAAUGCUGGUACUGUGUCGGGCUACUGCAUGUACAUACAAACACUGUGACUCUCAACGACGAAGCAAGAAGCAGGCCGCUUUUAUUCCGAAGGAGUUCUACCACGCUUGUUCCGCACCAAUUCUUGGGUCGUGCCAGAGCAGCUACUGCGGUUGUAAUUUAUUGAAGGGCUGCUGUCACCAUGGCUGGCGCAAAGCUUGACAGUGCCACACUUUGACACAAACAAAAUAACCAACUGUUAUCACAAUGUUUUUACAACGCGAUGAAAAAUAUGAUUACCGAAAUUGCUUAUAAUGUUGCCAAGUUUUAUCACCAAGAACAGUACUUCGACUACGCUCGCAACGGCGGGAGGCUAUCGCUGCUGGCAGUCGAUUGCCAGGCUAAACCUAUUUUCUGUACACACGUUGGCUUGGACACAGGAAAUGUACUAUGUAUUGAAGAUUUGAACUUGUGGAAUAAAAUCUUUUCCACGGGUAAAUUGCUACUACGAAGGUGCUGUAGAUUUUUCCAUUUUUGGACGACAAAGGAGCGGCUGCAGCAACACAGAGAAAAACUAUGAAGGAAUUGUAUUCAAGUUGUUGAGCUCUCGCUCUCCUAGAAGACAGGGUCAAGGGACGGACCGCGAGC